CUUACACUGUGAGGCCAGGUGUCAUGAAUGGUACCUCAUACCCUUUGGCAGUGGCACCUCAUACCCUCUAGCAAGACUCAUACCCUCUGGCACUCCACUCCACUAUUAAACUGAGUUCCUGUUUGGUCUCACUCGGCGAGUCCCCAAGAGUUACCAGGGCACACCACAGCCCACCAGAGCCCACUACAGCCCACCAGAGCCCACUACAGCCCACCAGAGCCCACUACAGCCCACCAGAGCCCACUACAGCCCACCAGAGCCCACUACAGCCCACCAGAGCCUACUACAGCCCACCAGAGCCCACUACAGCCCACCAGAGCCCACCAGAGGUGACCAUCAGCAAGCAUGAGGGUGCAUGAGAGGUGGCCAACACUGAGGUAGUCGUGGCCAGGAACACACAGCGGUAGACUCGUCACCAGACUGCUGCUCCGUCCAUCCCGUCAACUCUUUAAAGGAAAACAUAGAAGGUCGACAAAUAGAUUGGUAAACACUGCUUACUGUGGAUAAAUUAGAUAUUACGUGUUGCAAUAUAUGUAAUACUUAUUAAAGUGUUAAGUGCAAGUGUGAUAUAUAUAUAUAGUGUGUAGGGGAGGUUGUUCUAGUGGCUUGUAGAACUGUACAUCAAAGACUGAACAGUUGGGGAACGCCUGAUGUUAUAUAGUGAGGCUGGUUGGUACAGGGACAGUCUUGCAUCUUGCAGGGUUCGAUCCCCAGUGGCCCAAGUGGUUGUGCACUGUUCCGUCCCUCCGUCCUCACAGCCUGCUCCAUGUCCUCAUAUCCCUAUCCCAUCUAUCCUAACCUAACCUAGCAAAAAUAAGAGAAAAAGAGUGUUGUUUAUACGUGACGUGCAGGAAGUGUUACGUGACUGUGACGACGAGGAUGAGGCUGUAACAAGGUGAUCGUUCACGUCCUGAGACGAGUAGUAAUCUUCAGUGAUCUAGUGGCACUAUUGGCACACAACCAGUGUGAUUAUAUAGGCGCUCCCAGACACACAUCAGCAAGAAUAUUCCUCUCAAACUGGCAGUUAUAAUUUAUAGAUAUUUGCGUAACUGAAACACAAUGACAAAGAAACGGCGAGAUGCGCAGUUGGAUGGAACAGAACCCAGGAGAACGAGCCGCAGCAGCAGAUGCUUGAGGUCUGCAGGCGCAGGCGCAGACCUCAAGGUGUGAUUCCGCAACAUUACCUGAACCUGCUUGAGUCCCCGCGGAGCUUCAUUGGCAAGAAUCCAUCAUCUAACACAAGUCUACCAAGUUCCACGUCAAAAUCUGGAUGACUUAUUUCAAAUACGAAAAUCACAAUUCGCUCGAAGUAGGACGCUGAGUCUUCAGAUCACAAGCGGAGCCUUUAAGAUCACUGAGAUGAUGACCAUGCUGUAUGUAAGCGACAUGAUAAAGUGCAGAGCCUCGAGGAAUAGGUCAUGUCGGGUUUCAACGACCCGCAAGGGCAAUAUUUCGUCGAACUAUCCGACCCAGGACUGGUGGGAAGUGACCCGGGCGGCCGCGACUUCGGGAGGGCUGGAAGGACGUGACCUGACAUCCCAGAAGGGGUCUCCGAGGGCUUUUUCCUCGAGGUGGGUGUUGAUGAGUGUGUGCGUCGUCUGCCUGGUGACUACAGCAGAAGCCAAGGUUAUCCAGGGGUUCCUCAAGACCUCUGAGAAGUGGGCGUUCCUGACGCGGUUCUGCUUCCUCUCGAACGACGGGGCGUUCACCUUCGAGGUGGAGUACAACAUAGAAUACGCCAUGGAGAAACUGCUUCUCUACUACGACUCUCCGCAUCAGUGGCCCGCAGUGUACAAGUCCAGCAAGACCUGCGAGGAGAAGGAAGCAGUCAUGAAGAAGGAGAACAACCAGUUUAUCAACCUGACCUUAAUCUCUGCGAGCUCUGAGUGCGAAGUGGUGCGCCUCCCGGGCGACAAGGCCUUCUACCACUGCAAGGGCACCAGGUCCUUCAGGAGUGUGAGAGAGCGCUGGUGGUUCAUCGCCGUCAGCAACUGUGACACCAACAAGGGUCUGGAACUGAGUUAUCGCAUCACCAUGACCAACGGCUACUCCUUCUGGUACAAGCACUUCUCUGCCGACGAGUUCUAUGUUCUAAGGACUGACUUAACGGCUCUUGGUCUACAGCUAAGCAUUCUAUUCCUCUCACUCCUAGCCUCAGCGGAACUGAAGAGUCGCCAGCUGCUGCACACCACCUACCGCCUCUACAUGGUGUCCCUGGUGGCCCAGGUGUUCGCCCUCGUCUUCCUCAGUGUCCACUACGCCAGGUACGGCUUCGAUGGCGUCGGUCUUCACACCACCAAGCUCUUAGGUCGACUGCUACACACACUGAGCACAAUAAUGAUGGUGCUGGUGCUGCUCUUGAUGGCGAAGGGCUUCAACAUCACCAGGGGCCGCCUCCGCCAGGCCUCCGCCGUGCGCCUCACCGUCUUCAUGUGUCUCUACUGCACCACUUACAUCUCCCUCUUCAUAUACGAGCAAGAGAUCUUCGACCCCGGGGAGGUGCUGUACCUGUACGAGUCCCCGGCGGGCUACGGGCUACUGGUGCUACGGUCCCUGGCCUGGUGCAUGUUCCUCUACGCCUGCUUCUUCACCAUCAAGCACUAUCCGGAGAAGGCUGGCUUCUACUGCCCCUUCUUCGCUUUCUACACAUUGUGGUUCCUGUCAGGUCCGGUGGUGAUCGUUAUCAGCAAUCACGUUAUCGACAAGUGGGUCAGAGAGAAGGUGGUGAACGGCGUCGACCUCUCCAUAACCCUCCUUGGCCACGUCUUCUUCCUGUUCCUGACUCGGCCUAGUGCUGCCAACAGGAACUUCCCGUACCACGUGCGGACGACGCAGAUCACAGCGCUGGAGACCUCCGGCACGGGCGUGGUAGGCAACAACACCCUCGACGCCUUCUCCGCCCACACCUACGCCCCCGACCUGCCCCAGCCCAAGACCUAUGCUGCCCCGGACCUCUUCCUCGUCUCCGGCGCCGUCGAGAUGAUCCCUUUACCCGGGCCGAGAAGCAUAGUGAAGGAUGACAAGAGUUUUCCUCACCGCUCAAGAGGAUCACUCGUGUUUCAAGAAUGCUCGACCACUCCUCGCAACCUACCUGUAGGAGGCCCACCACCUGUGUUCCAGGACUGCUCGACGACUCCUCGAUACCUGCCAGAAGAACCACCACCCGUGUUCCAGGACUGUUCAACGACUCCUCGAUACCUACCAGAAGAACCACCACCCGUGUUCCAGGACUGUUCAACGACUCCUCGAUACCUACCAGAAGAACCACCACCCGUGUUCCAGGAAUGCUCGACCACUCCUCGCAGCGCUCCAAAGAGUUCGACAGGCGCGUUCCAGGCUUCUAAACCUCAAUCUGAUCAACCACACCUUUUUAACUAACGUCCUCAACAAAUAAGAAGUGUAUAUAAAGCGAGAACCACAUUAAUGUGGGUAAUAACACUGCAUUCACUAGGCUCAUCGGAGCCUCGGACAAUGGUUGCAAGAGCACGUCGUUCUACUGUCCAGUGGUGCCCCAAGGAAAGCUUAAAGUCUUAGUUGAGUACCAGUUAGGCACCUCUGGGACUAGGUAACCUGUCCUCUUAAAAACAACGUCACUUUUGGCCGUUUUCCCGUAUGGCCGAAAGUGGACGUAAUUUGAAAAUGAAAAAAAAAAUGAAAAUAAAUUUGGGAUUUUUUUUUUCAACAAGAGUAAGUUAAGGGUCCUCUGAUAGGUUAGGUGGGCAGGAAAUUCUCAUAGUUUCAAAACGUUAUGAAAAACGUUAAUUAGGGAUCCAGUUUGGGCUGUGGAGCAAUAGGCUUGCUCAUUUGCUGCCAGCUGUUUGAGGCUCUAAUGAUCCUUGUGAAUGAAGAAUAUAUUUUAUGUGUAAGCAUGCAUGUAUUUAUGUGUGUCUGUAUGUACUCACAUAUUUGUACUCCAUGUGAAGGCUUGAGAACACAUGUUGUUGUUGUUGUUAAAGAUUUAGCUAUUCAGGACGGAGUGUCCAUGUAGCACGGGCUAUGGUGAGCCCGUAAUUGAGUUUGGUUAUACAUGAUAACCUUUUUCCUGUGAUAUUAUUGAGAACACAGCCGCACCAUAAUAAUAUAGCAGCUGAUGCGACCUCACAUCAAGACAUAUAGCAUCAUGUUCUGGUCCCUGAAGGAUAUUUAACUGUAACUUGGCAACUCUAUGGGAAUGGUCACCCAAGUAUAGCCGGAAAUGCCACAACUGUUUUAAAAUCCAACUGUAUAAGAUCAUCAAGGCAAAUGGGGGGACCUUUGACAAGCCGCCGGCUUUCUGUUCUCGUCGAGGCAAAUUAUGUUAGUGGCCCUCAUGUAAAAUUUCGGUAAAUAUUUCCAUCUGCUCUAGACCAGGAGGCCUGGUCGGGGACCGGGCCGCGAGGACGUUGACCCCCGAAAUCAUGGCAGAAUAAGGCGGUCAAUUAAAUCCACAUCAUCUUUUUCAUAAUUUGGUUUGCCUGAAUUUACCUAAGGGUCACUAUCCCUAGUGACGACAGAAGACCGGCGGCUUGUCAAAGGUCCAUCCCAUUGUUCCUGGUGAUUUUUCCAACUGGAUUUUGAACUGUAAUGUUUUGGCAUUUGCGGGUAGGCGGUUCCAUGGAUUUAUACCGCCUCAGUAUUCCACAUAACAAUAUAGGAAAAUGCAGGCGGCCUAUUGGCCCAUAAGAGGCCGCUCCUCCUUUUUAUAUCCAUCCAAACUUAAUAAUAUAUAUGUAUAACCUACGA